AUGAGCUGGGUACGACGCCCGAGCCUCCCUGAGCCUCGCGCCUACUGCAAAGCUCUGACCAUUCACCACGAACUGUGGCUCGCGGGUGGCCUCAAACCCUCCGGUCGGGACCCCACCACAUUCACCGACCACGUCGAUGUCCUCGCGUUCGACUCCUUGCGGGGUCGAUGGGAAUUCCGCUUCAAACUGUCCCGUCCGCGCCACGCCGUUGCCGCCGCCAAUGCCGACGACCGUGUCUACGUCAUCGGAGGAAUGACCUGCCUGGAGGGCACGUCUGUGGAAGACGUAGACGUGUACCACAGACAGCGGCUCUGUUUCCUCGACUGCCAGUGCCUGCCUAAAAAGCUCACAGGACUGGCUGCCGUAACAGUACCGCCGGACACAGCGGAUGAAUCUGGGCUGAAGUACGCGGACAAGGACCGUUCAGCCGAGGAAGUGGAAGUGCCCCCAGAUGUUCGCACCAAGUUGACGCCUCGUCCCCGGCGGCCUAGAACAGACGCUGGUGACGUCGAGGAGAGCACCGAGGGUACCUUCCUGGGAGUGGAGACGUUGAAGGUUCGCACUCCGCUUAGUCGACCCAGCCUCCCACGCUUCUACCACUACGUCCCCACGGCGCCCGCGAACGACCCGCACAGCGGCAUCACGGUUCGCGUCGAUGACGACUUCAAGCGCACAAAGGAAGUGCUUGGACUACGCGACGCCAGUGGACUUCCGGCUUUCGCCCGGAAGUUGCGGAGGGUCAAAAAGGUGCAGGACGAGACACUUCCGAUCAUCCUCACCUUCGGCGGUCUUGACCCGAGAGAUCCGCUCAACUAUGCCAACGGACGCGUAGUCCUCCACUACCACGUGCUCAAGAACCGCUGGGACCUGUGCGGAAUGAUGCCCGAGCCGCGCAGCUACCACGCCGCCGUGCUCAUCGGAGAGACAGUUUACGUCACCGGUGGCUUUGAUCCAGAAACUCGAAAGUGCGGAGAGCUGGUGGCCUGCAAGACGACGUUCGCCUACGACAUCGACACAAUGCAGUGGAGUCGCAAGGCCGACAUGAAGACCGGUCGAGCGGCACACGGUGCGGCAGCUUUCAAGGACAAGCUCUUCGUUUUUGGCGGCAGAGGACGCCUGGGACGAGCCGUGGAAUCGACCGAAGAGUACGACCCUUCGUCCGACACGUGGAAAGAGUGCACGCCACUGGACGUGCCCCGCAUGGCCGUAGGCUGUGCCACGGUAGCUGAUGACAUCUACGUGGUCGGUGGCUUGGUACCGGAGGCGGACGAUGUGUACCGAGCCGUGGACAGGGUCAACAUAUACGACCCAAAGACACACACGUGGUCUGAAGGUCCACCGCUACCCAAACCGCGUGCGUUCCCCGCGGCGGCUUCCCUCGGCGACAAGCUGUGGCUGAUCGGCGGCUGUUACGACAACUCGGAACCGGGACUAAAUCUGGUCAGCCUGCGGGACGUCGACGUCCUCGAACCAAGCGGGUGGGUACACAUGGGCUGUACUACCCAUUCGAGGCACGCCGCGGCUGUCGCUGUAGCUGGUGAACACCACAUCUACGUCAUCGGUGGCACGAGCAGCGUACUCAACGGACCAAUCAAACGGCCGGAAGUGUACCUGCAGCAAGACGACCGUUACAAGUUCCCGGCCGAGUACCCGGAAGCAAUGACCGGCAUUUCCGCCGUGUCCGUACCUCCGAUCACGGCUACGUUCAGGAGCCGGUCCCUGACGUGCAUGAUAACGGACGCACUGGCGGAAUAG